AUCUCCAAUGGACAAAAAUCAGAUUCGCUAAUUAAGCUCCGUAUCUUGAAGGGGACGUGGUAAAAUGCCAGUGGACCCAACGGUGGAGAUUUGGUGUGAUAGAGGUGGUUAUUCUGGAACGUUUCGCAGAGGAUAAUAAGAUUUGGAAAUAAGCAUUUUUGGGGUUAGAGAUGAAACUGAAGCAGAAGUAGAACUUUGAAAGUGACUUUUGGCAGAGCGCGAGAGUUGAGAGAUACGAGAUACGGUGAAUAAGGAACGAACGAGAUUCUUCACCACUUCCAAAGCUCUGCGAUAUGCUCUCUCUCUGUUUCUCUUUCAAUUUCGUUUUCGUUUUCGAAUUCUAAUUCUGUCGUAGGAGGGAAUCAUGUCUUGGUUUUUCAAGGCUCUUCAAGCCAGCGAUGAUGAUGAUGAUAGCGCAGCCGAAUUGCAAUCGAACAGUUCGUCGUCGUCGUCGGAAUGCCUCCGUUUCACCGCCGCCAAUCCUUCUGUUAAAGACGACUUCUCCGCGCUGGGUGAAUCGCUGAGCCGCCAGCUGCGUGGUGUCGCCAACUUUCUCGCUCCACAGUCACCGCCGGCGGUGGCGGUCGUUGCUGCCGUCGAUUCUUCCGAUUCGAGUUCGUAUUCUCCGUUGGCGUCGCAAGCGCUUCAAGGAAUUCGGAAUGAUCUGGCGGAGAUUGGCGGCAGCUUGAGAGCCGGCUUCUUGAUGCUCUCUGUUGGAGAGAUAUCCAGGUUUGCUUCUAACUUGCUUCCGUUUCAGAGUCAUUCUGCCAAUGAUGAGGAGGAUGAGGAAUUUGAAGACGAAUCUGUUGGCGGUACGCCGGGAAUUACGGAUGAGGUUCUAAAUUUUGUGACCGAUAUUUCUUCGCGGCCAGAGUACUGGACGGAUUUUCCCCUGGAACUCGAUGAUACAGAUUUUGAAAUGUCUGACGUUCAGAGAAUACACAUUUCAACUGUGGAACAAUUGAUUCCAAAUAUAUCAGCUCUUAGAAUAAAGCUUCAGAGUUUGAUGAGCAAUGAACUAUUCUGGAUUAUUUAUUUUUCAAUGCUGCUUCCAAGAUUCAAUGAACAUGAUUUUGAGCUUCUAUCAAGCCCUCAAAUUAUCGAAGCAAGAAACAUACUUCUGGAGAUGCAUCAAAGAAAAAAGAGAGCACAAGUGAACUCUGACCAUAUUUCUACUAAUAAUUCGGUUUGUGGCACGAAAGAAGGAAAUAUGCCACCUGGGGAAAAAGCAAUCUCGACUCAGAUCAUCAAGGGGAGUGAGGGAUUGGAAAAGGCAGAUUCAGAAUCUUCUAGAGAUGCCAAAGAAAGGUUUGGGCUCGAAGAUAUCUCAUUCAGUGAUAUGGAGAACGACGGUUCGGAUUUUUCUGGAAGAUUUUCUGUAACAAAAUCCCCAGCCGAGUCUGGUGGUUGGGUUAAGCUGCAUGGAAAUUUGGACUCGAAGCUGGUUCAGCAUACGACGUCGAAGCAGGACAGAGAUUCAGAAGGAGAAUCAAGUGAUUGGUUUAAUGUGGAUGAGUUUGAUUAGACAGGUGGGACCAUAACCACUAGAACACCUCGUAUUUCCCCAACUCCCACCCCAAUAUUUAUUUUUUCAAAAAUUAAAGUUAAAAAAAAAA